GAGCGGAUUGGGGAAAAAGAAAGAAAAUCCAGCGAGGCAUCGCCGCCUCCUCCGCCCCUGCCUCCGCGCCGGCGCGGCUAAACCCCCACUAACCCCCUCACAGGCAGACGCCCCCCGCCGCCGCAAAACCCUAAGCCCCGCCGACAUGCGCCGCCUCCCGCCCCUCUCCCAGCGCGCCGCGGCUGCCGCAUCCGCACCCGCAUCCACAUCCACCCCGGACCUCGUCGCGGAGCUCGGCCGCGUCCUCUCCACGCGCCGCUGGAACAAGGGCCGGGCCUACAAGCGCCUGGCGCCGUCCGUGACCCCGGCGCUCGUCGCCGACCUCUUCCGCGCCCCCUCCGCGGCCCCCGACCCGGCCACGGCGCUCGCCUUCUUCGACUGGGUCGCGCGCCGCCAGGGCUUCCGCCACACGGCCGCCUCCCACGCCGCGCUCCUCCACCUCCUCUCGCGCUGGCGCUCCCCCGCGCGCUACGAGCAGCUCGUCUUCUCCAUGUUCGGCUGCUCGCGGAGCGCCGACGACAUGCUCGCCUCCGCCGACGCCGUGCGGGCAAUCUGCCGAACGGGUGCCGCGCGCCACGCGCUCUCCCCGGCCUGCUACAACUUCGCGCUCAGGUCGCUCGCGCGCUUCGACAUGACGGAGGAGAUGGAGAGGGUCUACUCACAGCUCGUCGGGGACGGGCUGCUGCCGGACACCAAGACGUACAACGCCAUGAUUAAGUCCUACUGCAAGGAGGGGGACCUCCCCAAGGCUCACCGGUACUUCAAGCUGCUGCUGGAGUGUGGGCUGGAGCCGGACACCUUCACAUGUAACGCGCUGGUGCUGGGUUACUGCCGGACGGGCAACCUGAGGCGGGCCUGCUGGCUGUUGCUGAUGAUGCCGCUGGUCGGUUGCCGGAGAAAUGAGUACUCCUACACCAUUUUGAUUCAGGGUCUGUGCGAGGCGCGGCGUGUAAGGGAGGCACUUGUGCUGUUUUUGAUGAUGAGGGGUGAUGGGUGCUCCCCGAAUUCACACACAUACAGAUUCCUGAUCGCCGGCCUAUGUAAGGAGGGCAGGAUUGCUGACGCCAGGAUGUUGCUUGAUGAGAUGUCUCGGGGAGGUGUUGCUGCAAGUGUUAUUACAUAUAAUGCAAUGAUUGAAGGGUACCGUAAGGCAGGAAGGAUGCAGGAUGCAUUGGGGAUUAAGGAGCUGAUGGAAGGAAAUGGGUGCCGCCCGGAUGGUUGGACAUACGGCACUUUGAUUCAUGGCCUCUGUGAUGAGAAGAUGGAUGAAGCUGAGCAAUUGCUGGAUAGUGCUGUUAAAGGAGGUUUUACACCUACGGUUGUCACAUUCACUAACCUCAUCGAUGGGUACUGCAAAGCUGAAAGGAUUGAUGAUGCCCUCAGGGUGAAAAAUAAUAUGAUGUUGAGUAAGUGUAAACUCGAUAUACAUGUUUAUGGGAAGUUGAUCAAUAGCCUCAUUAAGAAGGAUAUGUUAAAAGAGGCGAAGGAGUUGUUAACUGAAAUUUCGGCAAAUGGUUUGGUUCCAAAUGUGUUCACCUACACAUCUGUAAUUGAUGGCUUUUGCAAGAUCGGGAAGGUUGAUUUCGCACUAGAGGUCUGGAAAAUGAUGGAACGCGAUGAUUGCCAGCCAAACGUAUGGACCUAUAACUCUCUGAUGUAUGGGUUAAUUCAGGAUAAGAAACUUCACCACGCAAUGGCACUGAUAACUAAAAUGCAAAAAGAUGGAAUAACUCCUAAUGUUAUCACCUACACCACUUUGGUUCAAGGCCAGUGCAAUCAGCAUGAAUUUGAUAAUGCUUUCAGGUUAUUUGAAAUGAUGGAGCAGAAUGGUCUGACACCCGAUGACCAAUUAUACACUGUCUUCACUGGUGCACUGUGCAAAGCUGGAAGGCCUGAAGAAGCUUAUUCAUUUCUUGUUAGAAAAGGAGUAGCCCUUACCAAGGUACUCUAUACUACUUUAAUUGAUGGUUUCAGCAAGGCAGGCAAUAGUGACAUUGCCGCCACCCUCAUAGAUAGCAUGAUUGGUGAGGGCUGCACACCAGAUUCAUACACGUAUAGUGUACUGCUGCAUGCUUUAUGCAAACAAAAGAAGCUGCAGGAAGCUUUGCCGAUACUGGAUCAAAUGACUCAAAGGGGAAUAAAAUGUACCAUUUUUUCUUAUACAACUCUAAUCAAUGAAAUGCUCAGAGAAGGGAAGCAUGACCAUGCUAAAAGGAUGUACGAUGAAAUGGUUUCAUCAGGUCAUAAGCCAAGUGCUACCACAUAUACUGUAUUCAUUAACUCAUACUGUAAGGAAGGUCGAAUAGAGGAGGCUGAGAACUUAAUUGUGGAAAUGGAGAGAGACGGUGUUGCCCCUGAUGCAGUGACCUACAACACAUUCAUUGAUGGCUGCGGGAAUAUGGGAUAUAUUGAUCGCGCAUUUCAUACUCUGAAGCGCAUGAUGGAUGCAUCAUGUGAGCCAGAUUAUGCGACGUACUGCAUUCUGCUCAAGCAUCUUCUAAAAGAGAAUUUUAAUGUCCGUUAUGUAGACACCUCCGGCAUGUGGAACUUCAUAGAGUUGGAUACUGUUUGGCAGUUUCUUGAAAGGAUGUCAAAACUUGGUUUGAAUCCCACAAUAACGACAUACAGUUCUCUCAUUGCAGGAUUUUGCAAAGGCAACCACAUUGAAGAAGCAUGUGUUCUUCUUGAUUAUAUGCGCAGAAAAGAUAUACCACCUAAUGAAGAGAUAUACAGAUUACUUGUCAAGUGCUGUUGUGAUACCAAGUCCUUUGAGAAGGCCUCGACAUUUGUUCACGACAUGAUACAACACGGGUUUCAACCUCAUCUUGAAUCAUACCAGCUUCUUAUAUUGGGGCUUUGUAACGAGGGAGAAUUUGAGAAGGCUAAAUCACUGUUCUGUGACUUGCUUGAACUGGGCUAUAAUCACGAUGAAGUUGCAUGGAAAAUUCUAAAUGAUGGUUUGCUCAAAUGUGGUUAUGUUGAUAUAUGUUCCCAGAUGCUGUCUACCAUGGAGAAUAAACACUGUUCCAUUAGUUCUCAGACACAUGCUAUGGUGACCAAUGGCUUGCAUGAGGCAUCUGGCAGUCUGGUUGGUGAAUUCCGAGGAGAAGCUCUUUGAGUCAGCUUGACUGAUAUGUUCAUGCUAAUAGAUGGUGUGUUUCAUUGGCCACUCAUUUCUUCUGUAACUUUCAGUCCAAUGGAAGACAUGUGCAAUUUUGAUAUUAGCGAGGCACAUGUGCAGGUUGCGUGCAGCACCGUGUUGUACAUAACUGACUUGAGAUGAGCAACAUCCAGUUAGGAUGCCGUAGAUAGGCAUAAUUGAUCAGCUAAAUGGCAAUACAUGUUGCUCAAGCUGAUCAGUUUGCCAGAAACAGGAUUAUCGUACCAAUUCCUAUUCAAAUCAAAGGCACUUUCUCUUCAUCGCAGUUAGGAGAAGCAUCAUCCUUCCCUUCUAUGCAGAUAGUCAGUGUCAGGCUCACCCAAGCCCAGGGCUUAUGGAGUCUCAUUGCUUGCUUUGCUUCAGGGGUACGAGAGUGUAACUUGAGGUGUUAUUUAUCUAGUGAUGAAAUGCUGUUUAGCUGAUCAAAGUGCAAAGAGCACCCUCAAGUGAAAGGUUGGAUUCAGUCAUUGCACUUGGAAAAUGGAAUCUCUGGAUUACUGCAUAACCUACGUGAAGGCUUACAUUGAUGCUUAAUUCAGAGAUGCCAAGACAUCAGCUCUUAACUGAAGAGUAUCAAUCUCAGAGUGGCUUUUUGAAAAAUCGUGUCGUGUUCCCCAUUGAAUUACCAUAGCCUAAUGAUAAUUCCAUAUUAGCCAGAAGACCAAAACUGUAAUGUGAUUGUUGUCUUAACUGUAACUUUACACCCUUAAUACUGGCAUACGGCUCCAGAGUACUUGCAUGCAUGGGAUCAUAAUGAGAAGAUUUCUGUGUUUUCAUAUGGUCUUUUGCUUCUCGAAUUGUCAGUCCAUUCUUGAUCAACUGCAUAGGCAAAACCGCUGAACAAUAUGAAAGAGCUAGCGGAUCCUUCUCGUGACAUUGCAGAUAACUCAGAGAAGAACACGUGCCCCAAAACAGUUGCAUUCAUGUGUAUUCACCACAGAGCAAGCUCACGACCUUUUAUGAAAUCGGUACUCCGUUUCAUGAAGGUGGAUAGUCACUUGAACAGAUGUGAGGACCUCAACUCCCAGAGCUCCACAUUUACAACUCGUGAUUCAGAAGACUUGGAUGGACUCCACACUCUAGCUAGCUUAAUGAUGUGGAAUGCUGACACAUGCAGGCUGCCUUGGAGCGGUGAAAUUUAACACGGAGUUAUAUUUGUUGGCAGGUUUUUUCAUCUUUUUGUAAAUCAUCGAUCUCUAUAUUGUCAUCGCCGCCGGGAACUUUCAAUAGUAUUCAGAAUUGUUUGUUGUUUCGUCA